AUGUUGAAAGUAGUAGGAGCAUCAUGGGCUCAGACGCAACUGUCGUGGUGUUUGAUUAUUGCAAUCACUUUGUUGGGUUUGCUAGCAUUUUAUUUUGGAGGAACGAUCAGAAAUGAGUAUGAUGGUAAAUAUGCGGCAACAGCCUUUUGGAGCAAAGAAUUUGGAAUGAGAAUUGAUUUCUGUGGCCAAAAUAACGACCCGCUUACAGUUAGAAAAGGAGUUGCAAGAGCUUAUUAUAGACCAGAUUUAUCUGAAAACGGAUGGGCAGUUUUAGAAGUGGAGACUCAGGCAGAAUACCCGGACUACGUACAAGCAAAGGCUGCUGGAUAUUUGGAAGGAAGUUUGACAUGGAGGAUGAUUUAUUGGCACUGGAAGAACACAGUGGAAAACACAUGUAUCGGUAGAAGGAACUUCUGUGAACGAAUAAGAAAGUAUUUAGAAGAAAAUGCUGAAGAAAUCAAACGAACGGCGAAACGACGAGGCGAAUCAGACCCGUUUUGGCACCAAGUUAAUAUGUUUUACACACAAUUGAAAGCAUUGGAGGAUGGUUGGCGAUUUGGUGUAAAAAGAAGCAGACAAGACAUUGACAUACCAUCUGUGGACUUCUUGUGGAUGAACAUAAUGCCGGAUUUAAAAAACUUCGAACAAAAAUGGAACGCAUCAAAAGAUUUUAAUCCAGAUAAGCCGCCAUUAUCUGCUACAUUGGUAAAAAUUAUCAGCACUAACCCAAUUGACUUUGUAUUAGCUCAAUCUGCAUCUGGAUAUUAUGGAUCAAUGUUGCGCAUACAGAAACGUUACAAUUUUGGUUUCCAUGAAACUGAAAGCGAAGAUAGUGCGCUCGUUAAUGGAAAGAUUGUCGAGUUUACUUCGUAUCCUGGAUCAGUUUAUUCUCAAGAUGACUUUUAUAAAGUCAUCAAGAAAGGUUCUAAGACAGAGACUACUGUUGUAGGGACAGAAUUACAAAAUAAAAAUAGACAACUCUGGGAAAAAAUUAUGAAGACCGAUCAAGUUCUGUUGGGUGCAAGAAUCAUGGCGGCCAAUCGUUUAGCGAGUAACAGUAAGAAAUGGUACGAGGUGUUUUCGAGAAACAAUAGUGGCACUGGAAACAAACAGUGGCUGAUCAUCAGCACAAAUAGCACAUCAAUUGCAUUUGGAGUCAUCGAACAAAUGCCCGGCAUUGUUAGCUACGAAGAACUUUCCAAAACACUUUUGUCCACCGGUUAUUGGGUCAGCAAUAGUAAUCCGUGUCUCAAGGAAACUGUUUACAUGUCGGGCGCUGACGGACGGGACGCUGCUGAUCACCCGGUGGCAAACGUACUGCGCAACGGACAGCGGAACGUCACCGACAUUGGAACGCUUGUGGACCUGAUGCGGGGCACCGAAAUGUCGCUGAUCGGCCGAACAGACCUGCUGGGUGUCAAGACCAACGCCAUGUUCCUCCGGUUCGCCAACCAGUCGUUUGUGGAACAGCUGAUCGCGGCCAACCGGCUCCAAUCGGCCGACUCCACGGCGCCGCUAAAAGACGACCGGACGACGAUCGUCACGAACCGGCUACCGUCGUCCGCGGCUUCCGACGACAAGUUGGACGUGGACAAGUACUUCACGGGAACGGUGGACCUAAAGGUCACUUCGGCGAACAUGAACGGUUACUACGCGGCCUCCGGGCCACCGUUCACCAUGGACCGCUCCGAGGUCGAACCGUUCCGGUGGUCCGAGAGCCCGAUCAGGCACUUGCCGCAUUACGGGCACCCGGAUGUCUGGGACUACGAAGUGGAGGGCGUCGUUUGGGUUUGGAAAUGA